AUGAUCGUCAAUCUCGUCUAUGUCGCGCUGGGCGGCGGCCUCGGCGCCGUGCUGCGCUACCUGACCUUUCUGGGUGCGGGCCGCUGGCUUGGCGGCGGCUAUCCGUGGGCGACGCUGACCGUCAAUGUGGUCGGCUCGCUUCUGAUGGGUCUGCUGGUCGGCUGGCUGAUGCGCCGCGGCGGCACGGGCGAGCAUCUGCGCCUGUUUCUCGGCGUCGGCCUCCUUGGCGGCUUCACCACCUUUUCCGCCUUCUCGCUCGAUUUCGCGCUUUUGUGGCAGCGCGGCGACACGGGCACCGCGCUCGGCUACGCGCUGAUCUCCAUGGCCGCCUCGAUUGCCGCCCUGUUCGCCGGCCUUGCCCUGAUGCGCGCGGGUGCCUGA